AUGAGUGUCUCAAAGCCCGACGACACACAAAUCCUCCCGUAUUUGAAGGCGACACCAACACGACAAAAACACUCGCUUUCUUUGAGUCGGCCAAACUCAGCACUGAGGGUUAAAGAACCGCGCACACAGAAUCGGCAGUCGAUUAUUUUAAAGACCCAAUUUAGUUUGUCCCUCACAACACUAGACACGACACAAUAUCAAGAAACCCCAUCCGUUUCAGGAAAUGUAUUUUUAGAGUCUCACCAAAUGAAAGAAAAAGACCAACAAGAGUGCCCCACAAAUGUCGACAAAGCUACUGUCUUUGUCACAACACCUAUUACAACACCCAGACAUGGCAAGAAGGACUCUGCUGAGAACAAAGAAAAGGUUGGGAAGACUGAAAAGGUCGAGAAAGAUACCAUUCGAAAUAAUAAGAGCAAAUUCACUUUACCGGACUUCAAGAAGACAAAUAAACUUCAGAAGAGCUGUGAGUUUGAAAGACAGAAGUUGAAGAAGGACUUUGUUUUCGAGGUUUUUGAGGACGCAGCAAAAGGCCGCAUUUCAUUCAAAAACACAAUCAAGUCGGAGAGUGUAACACCGCGCAAACGGUUAGAUGAGAAACGAAUGAGCAUAGAAUUGCAGAAGGCGCCACAGACUGUAGUUUUCAAAGAAAAUAGCGAAGGGAUGUUGAACGAGGUCAACACCACUGAAGACCCCAUUUUUGUUCGCAUGCAGAAAUAUCGAAGUUGUGAGGGGGGAACUCUAGAACCCGAAGUAGAGAGCCUUUGUGAGAGUCAAGACAUUGAGAACAAACAAACAGUUGAAUGCUUAGAACCGCCUCAUAAAGAGAGUGAUGGGGCGUUUCACACAUUUCAAGUCGUCAAAGAGACAAAAGAGAGGAAAGAGAAUGACAGUAUCAAAGACUCCAGUUCGAUAUUAGGCGAUGAUGGGGAUGAAUAUGGCAAAGAGAGUGAAGACAAGUCGAAAGAUGGGGAUGAAGAGAUUAGUGGGGCGUACACAUAUAUCACUGUCGAUAAAGAAGAUCUCGACUUGAUGAUCUCGUCCGAUGAAAAUAGGUUAAAGGAGUAUUUAAAGCGGAAUCGAAUAUCGGUAGGGUUUCCUAUUAAAGGGUACAAAGAGGCUUUAGUUCUUGACAUUCGAAAUGGCGACGACAACCCCAAAGAGCAAAUCAAAGGGAUAACAAACAUGAUGGAACGGAGGAAGUGUGAGUUUUUAGAGAAACAUGGCGAUGACGUUAUCCUUGACGAGUUUGGGUCCAGUGACAAAACCAUUAAAAUAGUUAAAGUUAUUAAAAAGGGGAUAACGAGUGACAAAGAGAAAAUUUCACCGCUUUUGACGGGGUUUGAAGACUUAGAAGUUUAUAUGAGUUGUUUAGACGAGAAAGAAAAGAGUCAAAUGGAGACGUACAAAAACACGUUGAUGGAGUUGUGGUUCACGGAAGAAGCACAUGUCCAAUCACUCGACAUUCUUCUGAACUGUUAUUUAAAGCCAAUUUCAAGAGGAAAAUACGCGAAGAUAGUGCAGAAGAUGAAGAUGCAAAUUGAACAGUUACACAACUUACACUCCCUCUUCUACACAAAAUUGUCAAAGAGAAUUGCUGAGGUCGGAGAGAACAACAUCCCGAUGAUCGCAGACUUACUCCGCUACUUCUUCCACUUCGUCAAAAGCACAUGUCCGUACAUCGUCGAGUACAACUCAAAUUUGAAGGACGUCAACUUGUUGGUGCGACACAGGAGCGUCGCUCAGGUCGUGGAUGCAAGUCGAAAAGCGUAUGAGGAGAUGCACCCCGGGAUCGUCAUCCAACGAUUCCAGUCGUAUCUGAUUAUGCCCAUCCAGCGCAUCCCGCGCUAUGUCUUAUUAAUAAAAGACAUGUUAAAAAACGCGCCUCCACUCUCACCAGACACAGACAAGUUAGUCGAGUGUUAUAAACUGAUUUUGGACGUCGCGGCGUGGAUCAAUGAAAAAAAGUUAUAUGAGGAAGAGCGAGAGAAAUACGACAUAGUGCUCCGGGUCAUCACUGGGUUAUAUGAUUUGAACAAAUCAUAUCGCCGAUUUAUAGUUUCCGGGUUUUGUAAGUUCAUGGACCAAGAAGCACCCGAAAAACUCAAGGAAGGCUAUUUCUUCUUAUUCAAUGAUGUGCUUAUUGAAACGGUCGUGUUGAAACACAAAGGGAACAAAGUCAGAAGCGGAAAACAAUGUGUUGCGUACCAAGAAAUCAACGAAUACGGUCUUGUCGAAGACUUCAAAGACGACUUGUUCCAAGUGCAUCAUGUGUAUAUGGUGAGUGAAGAGGCUGUUGUUUCCUAUUGUACAAAACACCCGCAUGGCCCAUCACUCUUGUUUCAGUCACCACUCUCUUUCAUGGAAGUGACUUUGGUGUUUGAAACCCCGGUUGAUGCAAACGCGUGGUUUGUGGCACUGGCGUACACCAUACAGCUUGCGCCACGACUCAACGAGUCUAAGUCUAUAUUCAAUAUCCGGAACGACUGA